CCAGAACGGGUGAUCUCCCCGCACAACAAUGAUACGGAAUUGGGAUCUCCGACUGUUAGAUAAAUGAUUUGGCCUUAAAAGCAACAGUAAAUGUUCCGCCGUAAAACACUCCUGUAUCUUCCAGCACUUCAAGUCCAACGCCAAACACCCCACAAUUCGUCCUCUCUUACUACUGCAAAAUUCAGCCAUGGCCUCAGCACCUACAACCCCCGAUAAAUCUGCCGAGUUUGAAAAAGGAAUCAAAAUCCGCCGCGAAGUCCUCGGUGACGCCUACGUUGACAAGGCAUUGGCGGCUGGGUCCGAUCGUUUCGGCAAGCCAAUCCAAGAAUACGUAACCGAAGUAUGCUGGGCCUCUUGGGGCCGUGAAGGCCUCACAAAGAAGCAGCGCUCCCUCCUCAACAUCGGGAUUCUUAUGUGCUUGAAUCGAGCACCAGAGUUGGCGGUGCAUACGAGGGGGGCCAUCCGGAACGGACUGACGGAGGACGAGAUCAGCGAGGCCAUCAGGCACACGAUGAUUUAUGCUGGAGUGCCGGCUGGUGUUGAUGCUUUCCAUACUGCACGGAGGGUCAUCAAGGAGAUGAAAGAAAAUGGAGAGAUUGAAUUUUCUACUUCUUCUUCUUAAAGAGAUGCAAAUGAUGAAUCGGGUAGUGGGAAUUGUGAGGGUGGG